AUGGCGUACAACGCCGUCGCACAGGUCGACGAGGUCGCCUCUAGUUCCGACUCCAACUCGGAUGUCUCGCGCUCUGCUUCACCUGCCUUUCGGCAACUUCACGAUGCCGACCAACUCGAAGGAACUCAGCUAGAAGCCGCGAAAAGCGACGACCAUCAAGGCCUCGGUCACCUCGGCUCGAUGAUCCGCUCCAUGACGACCGCUAGCUACGAUAUUGUCGAGGCCGAUGACUACGAGGCCGAUGACUACGACGCCGAUCAUUCCCUCGCCGAGCCAUCCAACAGAUCCAACAAUAGUCUACGCCGCAUUCCUCCGCUAAACACGGCUGUCGCGCGACAUUCUUCCCCUCCCGAACCCCCUUUACGCAGCGCUUCGAGCGACCUCCCCAUCACUCACCCGACUCCCGAUCUACAAUCAUCUCAGGGGGCGUACGUGGGCAAUGUAGCGCGCCUGGAGCAAAGUGCCGAGCAACUUAGCUCCAGUUCAGCAGACAUCGCUAGUGAAAUUCGCAAGAUGGAUCAGGAGCAGAAGCGACGCUCUUGCAGCUCUGCAUCCAAUUCCGUCAAUCUCCGGAAUGGAGCAUUCUCGCCGGCGACGAUUGCUUCCCACGGAUCGACCUUCUCCACGCGCCAGCGCUCCGUCUCGGGCGCAUCCCGACUCGCCCAACUACCCGAGCCCGACCACGACGAAGACGGCCACUUUUUGGCUCGCAUGCCUGCCCCGUCGGCCAUUGCUCCCACUCCCCAAGCCCCGACCUAUACCCAACCGCACGACCCUUACUAUAACCAGUACGAUGGACAUGGCGAGGUCCAGGAGGAUAUCGAGCGGCCAGCGUCAGCCGCCUCGGGGGAUACCUUCCAACAAGCGCGGACGCUCUUCACCGAUUUCGAUGGCGUCCAUUUUACGCCCUUGGACCGCGUGAAUUCCGGGCGUCAGUUGUCCCUGAGCCAGCCGCCCCUUGCGAGCAAGCCGGAAUCGUACAAGGAGCCGCGGACGGGCGAGAACAUGGUGUACUACCCUGCCCCAGUCCCCCGCAUGCUUAACCUUCCACCGAAACUGUCUCGCAAGCCAAUCUCCGAUCGCGAAAAGCGCCGGACCGAGCUCUUGACCAAUAUCGUGGCCGAAGACAGGAAAUCCGCCCUCCUGUUGGCCGGAUCGGAGCAGAGCAAGUUAGGUGACAGCGAGAGGGACAGACGUCGAUCCAAGAUACCACCUCAACUUCGCGCCAGUCUAUUCUUUGAUAAACCGAGUACCACCCUCGAGGUGGACGUGAAGCAGGACUCGGCCGUUGCCACGCUUGAUAGUAUCCUCGACGCCUCGGCGCACGCUCCCGUAUCAGCAUUUACCGAUCAUCCCUACGCUGGCCAGGUUGGCUCGUACGUCUUUCAACAAUCGAAGCGCAAGACGAUCUACAAAGAUCCGGCCAGACCAAAGACAGACCGCAAUUCGCAUAUUCCAAUGGGUCAACGCCACAGUACUCGUCAUGGGAGUGAUGAAGAAGAAGGGUCGGCGAGUUCGCGCGAUGGACACCGAGAUCGGUCUCAUGAUGAACAUGACUCGGAUCGAUCCAGCAGCAGCGACACCGAAGGCGAUGAGCAUUCGGUAGAGAGUGGCGAGGAGGAAGAGGAAGAGGAAGGAUUUGUGGAUUACGUGGGACCACCAAACACAUUACUGGCUGAACUGGACUUGCGAAAGCAGGAAUUGAAACAGCGUCAGCGAACUUUUCUUCCUACUGCCUCGCAGGCCCAGGGCAUGCAUUCGACUCUAUUGGAGAUGGAUGCAAUGGCGCAGAAACAGAGUGAUAAGAGACGGCGACGACCAGUCACUCUGGCAUGGAACAAUCAAGAUACCGCAGAUGAUGACGAUGUUCCGCUAGCUAUGUUGUAUCCCGACCAGGUCCAGAAUGAUGACCAAGAGCGGCCUCUGGGUUUGAUGGAGAGGCGACAGCUAGAAGAAAACGAACCAUUGAGCGCUCGUCGGGCCAGACUACGCGGCGAACCAGUUCUGGAGAAGCGCCCAGUCACGGUAUACGAGACUGAAAUUCCUCAACCUGAGGCUGGACAGCCGGACGCUGACAGCGGCGACGAAGGCGAGACACUUGCCGAACGCAUGAGACGGCUCCGUGGACAGAAUCCGGCAGAUAGCGAAUUCGCCAGUGAUCUCCUCGCCGAAAUCGACACUCGAACUGGAGUCCCGCCUAAAGAGCCCGAGCCCACUCCGGCCGCUGACGCCCUCGAGGACGAGACGCUCGCUCAAAGGCGCAGUCGCCUGCAGAAGGAGAACGCCCCGCUGCGCGGCAAUGCAAAGAAUCUACAUAUGCGACGCAGCAUGGCUGCGCUCCCGCAGACUCGUCCCGCUCAACACAUCGCCCGCCAAUCAUCACAUGACGUCCUUCCUUAUGGGAACAUGAUGUCCGGACAAUAUGCCAACCGCAUGUCCAUGCACUCUCUCCCCCCUUAA